AUGGCCACCCCCGAACCGCACGACAAAGCGCUAGCUGUCGAUACUCUAAUCGAUACGGCCGGCAGCGGAGAGAACACACACGCGCAGGAAAGAAAUCCGGAAAGGACUAGGAACCAAUUGCUUUUAAAGAUGCUAGAGGAGAAAAGGCAAUCGGAGGCAAAGUUUAUAGAAGAAAAGUAUAAACUUCUCAUGCAGAUGAAUCCCACUGAUGUACCGGAAGCCGGGAUGGUUCGAGCUACAGAUUCACCAACGAGCAGUCAAAUAGCGGCUCGGCAAGCUAUACCAAAAGAUCUUCCAACAUUCAGUGGAGAUCCGGAGGAGUGGCCUUUAUUUAUCAGCACGUUCGAAUACAGCACCAAAGCAGCUGGAUACACCAACGUGGAAAACAUGCUACGUCUGCAAAAGUCGCUUAAAGGAAAGGCUCGUGAACUGAUUAGGGAUAAACUUCUACUUCCGAACCUAGUUCUAGAUGUCAUCAGCACUCUGAAGAUGUUCUUCGGCAGACCAGAGCAUAUCCUAGAAAGAAUGGUGGAACAGGAGCGAAGACUGGCACCACCCAAAGACAGAUUGGAGGCGUUAAUAGAGUACGCGCUAGCAGUUCGCAACGUCUGUGCGAUUAUGGAGGCAUGCGAUCUGAAGGCACAUCUUAACAAUCCAAUGCUGGUUAAGGAGCUCGUAGAUAAGCUUCCCAACCAACACAAGCUAAACUGGGCAAUGCAACCUCGCGACGAUAGGAUAGCAGCAGUUAAAGCAUUCAGCGAUUGGUUGUACAAGAUUGCAGAGGCAGCAUCUUUAGUAGUGGCGCCAUCGUUUUACAAAUCAGGCGCAGUUAACACUCACAACAGUCGCGCAACGCAAAGACAAGAGGCGGAUGAGCCUGAACCAUCACGAGGACAAGCACGAUCGAACGCGAGCCAAACGGAAGCAGCUCAGCAGCAAGUUCAAUCGGGGUGCGUGGCGUGCGGCGACAUCAGUCACCGCCCACCACAAUAUGCCGAACCGGAAACUGUGGAGUUAACGGAUGUACAAGGCGGCACCAUGAGCUACUUCACACGUACUGCCUGUAUACAAAAUCUCGUGAGUACGCAUCAAGACGACAACUACGGAAGUCAAUUCUUUCGCAUCAUUCCAGUUAAGCUACGCAAUGGCAGCAGGAUGAUCGAAAUCUAUGCAUUCCUAGACGAAGGAUCAUCCGUGACUUUAGUAGACGCAUCUGUAUUCCAAAGAUUAGGAAUACAAGGCCAAGCUGCGCCAAUGUGUUUACAGUGGACCGCAGAAACAACUCGAAUUGAGAGCGAAUCCGUAAAAGCAUCAGUCCAAAUCUCUGAAACCAAUUCCGAUAGAUUUUAUUGGUUGAACAACGUCCAGACCGUUCAGAACCUAGCACUGCCAAAACAGCCAGUCGAGAUGAAAGAACUACGUAGCAGAUUCCAGCAUCUGAGAGACUUACCGCUAGAGUCCUAUUCUGCCCAGCCGACAUUGCUAAUCGGGUCGAAUAAUUGGAAGCUAGCAGUCCCUCGCAGGAUCCGAGAAGGGAAAUGGAACGAACCGAUAGCAUCGAAGUGUAUGCUAGGAUGGACCAUCCAAGGAUCGACGAACCCCCAACGAUCCAUUGUCAUGCAUCACUGCGACUGCGAUUGGCAGGAGCUUCAUGACGACAUCAAGGACCAUUACAGCCUCGAGACGCUCGUACCACGUAAGCUAUAUUCAGCCGAAGAUAAGCUAGCAGUCAAAAUAUUAGAGACCACCUGCCAAGAGAAGUCAGGAAAAUACGAAGUCGGUUUUCCGUGGCGUGGUGGCAUCGACAAACUGCCAGAGAGCCGCGGUAACGCUCUGAAGCGCCUUACCUGCAUAAAGAAAAAGGUAUCUCAGGAACCUGAUAUGUACGAAAAGAUUGACGCCCAAGUCAGGAACCUUCUAGACAAAGGAUACGCAGUUAAGCUAUCCAACGAGGAAACCUGCCGUGGGAACAGCCGUACGUGGUAUCUGCCGAUAUUCAUAGCGCGAAAUCCAAAUAAGCCGAGUAAGCUAAGGCUGGUAUGGGAUGCAGCUGCGAAGUCACACGGAUGUGCACUGAAUGACUACUUACUUAAGGGACCAGAUUGCCUGAACCCACUCAUAGAGGUCUUACUAGCCUUUCGUGUCAACAAGAUUGCGAUUUGCGGAGACAUUGCGGAAAUGUUUCACAGGAUCAACAUCCGCGAGGAGGAUAUGCACGCGCAACGAUUCUUAUGGUAUGACAGAAGCAGCGAUAAAGUAGAAACCUAUGUUAUGCGGGCUAUGACGUUUGGAAUCAGUUGCGCACCAUUCAUCGCUCACUUCGUUCGAGAUAAAAAUGCAGAAGCCCAUCAAGAAGAUUUCCCAUUGGCCUUAAACGCCAUCCAAAAGGCGCACUACGUCGACGACUACAUCGAUAGCAUGAGAAACGAACAGGAGGCCAUCCAGACCACCAGACAAGUCAUAGAGGUUCAUCGAAGAGGCGGAUUCGAGAUCCGCAACUAG